AUGCUAUUACUCACUCCCGGGCUCCGUCUAAUCCUUCGACUUCUUUCUAGCCUCGUAAUUCCUGCUGUCUGUAUUUAUGGUGCUGCGCAGCUAGCUGAAAGUGGCUUUGACUACAAUGUGCCGAGCUGGGCGCUCCUAUCCGCGUGGAUUGCGUACCCGCUGUUAACGAACUUUCUGCGCUCAAUCAUCACAUGGGUGCAGGAAGAACGCGACAUUCGUCGCCUUGGCGCAGUCCGGAUUCCAGACUUGAAAGGGCGGCUCCCAGGGAACCUCGAUGUCGUACCGCAGCUGGGGACAGGAGAUGAUAUGUAUUUGUUUGAUUGGAUUGAGACGUUGCAGGGGAAGCAUGGCAUCAUCUUCAACACGAAGCUCCUAGGACAUAACAAGAUCUUCACCUCGGACCCGAACCACAUCAAGAGCAUCCUGGCUACAGACUUUAACGUCUGGGAGAAAGGGUACCAGUUCAGAGAAGACAUGGCCUCCGUGCUCGGAUCCGGUGUCUUCAACGCUGACGGUGAUGUCUGGAAGUUCCACCGCUCUAUGACGCGACCAUUCUUCGCUCGAGACCGCAUCACCGACUUCGAGAUCUUCGCGCGCCACGCGGACGAAGCCGUCGCCGUCAUCCGCGCGCGACAGGGCAACCCGAUCGAUUUUCAAGACGUCUUGCAGCGCUUCACUCUCGACUCCGCCACGGAGUUCUUGCUGGGCAAAUGCGUCCAUUCUCUGCACGCCCUGCUGCCAGCGACGUACGGAAAGCGGGAGAUGAUGUCGCUUACAGCGGAGGCAUUCGGGCCGGCCCUCAAUCGCGUACAGGAACGGCUCUCGUUCAGGAGAAGGAUGGCGGCGAUGUGGCCUCUCUUUGAGGUCUUGGCGGAUAAGACCAAGAAGGACAUGACGAUGAUCGGCGAGUUCCUUAGCCCAAUCAUCCAGGCUGCAUUGGACAGGAAGAAGAGUCACGAACAGGCUAAAGGAGAAGGAGACGUGGAAGGGAAUUCCAGCAACACCUAUCAUGUUCUCUUGGACCAGUUGUUGGACGUGUCCGACGACCCUAAGCUCAUUGCGGAUGAAGUCCUGAACAUCCUGAUUGCAGGCCGUGAUACUACCUCCACAACACUCCCAUACCUUGUAUAUCUCCUUGCCUUGCAUCCUCACGUGUUGAGUCGCCUUCGGGAAGAGGUUCUCAAUCGUGUCGGCCCGUCUCGCUACCCGGACUUCGAGGACAUGCGUGAGAUGAAGUACAUGCGUGCGGUCAUCAACGAGACGAUGCGCCUCUUCCCUGCUGUCCCUGCAAACAUUAGGUCGAACAUACGGGCAACGACCUUACCAUCCACUGUCCCCGGAGGCAAACCGUAUUACGUUCCCGCGAACAGCGAAGUCGCAUACUUCGUAAUGACUAUGCAGAGGAGCAAGGACAUAUGGGGUCCCGAUGCAGACAAGUUCGAUCCCAGCAGGUUCCUGGACGAGAGGCUUCAUAAGCACGUUCUUUCCAACCCGUUCAACUUCGUUCCCUUCAACGCCGGCCCGCGUAUCUGCCUAGGACAGCAGUUCGCAUACAACGAGAUGUCCUUCUUCCUCGUCCGCUUCCUGCAAGUCUUCGACCACAUGGAGCUCGCCCCCGACGCGCAACCCGCCGAGGCAAAGCCCCCGGCCAGCUGGGCAAGCGCGGGCGGCCGGAAGGCCAUCGAGAAACUCAUCCCGAAGAGUGCUCUGACCCUGUACGUAAAGGGUGGGUUAUGGAUGAGAUUCGGCGAGGCUGCGCCGGAAGCUUGA